AUGGUACAGCAGGGAAACCAUGUGGCUCUGUUUCCGACUCCGCGCUUGUAUACGGCUGAUGUAGUGGGUAAUGUGUAUGUCACCACUUUCCCUGCAUCUUCCGUUGGCGAAACCAACAAGGCGGAGCCUCCGGCGAAACGUCGGCGUGUGGACAACCAAUCAAGUGGUGGAGUUGAUGAACAUCCGUUCUGGGAGCCUGUUGUAGCAGCAUCAACCAGUGGAGCUGAAGCUUAUGGGGCCCGUGGCUGGUGUGGUUUGACUCCACUUGCAGACGACCAGGUGGUCUGCUGCAGGGAGUUCUUUUUUGAUUUGCGCCUGUUGGACGCGCGCAAUUGUGGCGCAGUGAUUCGGCAAUACGGUACUUUGCACGCCCCCACGGGUAUGGCAACAUGUGGAGGUAUUUUCCCUCAUGGUGUUGUUGUGGCGGAGGGGCCCGUUGCAAGUGUGUACGACACUCGCUGUUCCGGUGCUGUGAUGACAAAACAAACUGAGGCGAUGAGUGGAGGUCAGCGGUCUGUUCCUCUGGUGUCGAGCCGCUUUACCGACGCCACAACACGGGUGGCGGAUGUGUGCGCGACGUGUAAUGAAUUUGAAGUGGCAAUAGCUGUCGGUCGUGCGGUGUGUGUGCAUGACAUCCGAAAGUGGACGCGAGUAAGUAUAACCACUAGCGUGCUGAAAUAUGACAUCGGUUCUAUUGCUCCCUUCGCUUGUGGAAAAGGUGUGGUUGCCGCCGGAAUAGACGCAGAGGUACGUCUUGUUUUACUCACAGAGAAGUUAAAUGGUGCAUCAUCAACAACUGGUACGGUUGUCCACGGCGAGGGCAACUGUUGUGGUGGGAAUGGCUCUAAAAAGGAAGUUGAUGUGGACGUUAACGGUGGGGCAGCUGUAAAAAGUGAUGAACUGACUUCUGUGACUUCAUUCAGGAACCGUAUCGAUUCGGUAGUCAGCUGUCGGAGCACAUGGCAGGGCGGUUGGGUACCAUCCGUAGAUGCUUCUUGCGCCACAGGCAUAUCAGCUGACCACGAGUUUUUCAUGGCUUUUUAA